AUGCACAAUUAUCUAAAUUGCCUCUGUAUGCUGUAACGUUAGGUACUCUUCAUUGAAAGCCCCUAAACUCUACAAUGUGUACAAUGAGUUCUCAUAAUUUUGGCCAUAUAUAAUACCAGGGGCGGACUGACAACUCAUGGGGCCCCCUGGCAAUAGGGGAUCAUGGGGCCCCGUGUCCUUGCCCAAACUCAAAAAAGCCUAUGAAAAAGAUACCAGGGGCAUCUCAUGGGGCCCCCUACUGACCCCGGGCCCUCGGGCAGUGCCCGAGUUUCCAAAUGGUCAGUCCACCCCU